GGAGGAAGGGAGGUUGUGAAAUCUGGUUUCUUUUUUUCCUGAACUACGAGUGAGCUUGGGACACCUGAACCUGAUAUGCCAACGGAAAUCUCUCACGCUGUGAGAAUGCAUGCCAUCUCCGGCUUCCAUUCCUCGCUGACGGCACGGCUUCUCCACAAGGGUCCGGAAUACCUUCGCAAGCAGAUGGAGGCGGGCAACCCUGGCAGGAAGAGUGCCGUGGAAAGGCUGGCGGCUGACAAGGCCAAGUAUGUAAAGAGCCAGCAGGUCAUCAGCACGAAGCAGGAGCCGGUGGCCGCGCUCAGCUCAGCUUCUGAGAGCAGCAGUGAGAGCUGUUCUGAGGAAAGCAAGGCAGCCAACCACGUGGGUGAGGAGGCCAGUGCCAAAUCCAAAGUGAAGAGUAUGCCGGAUUCUGCCCCUGCUCCCCUUGAGCGUGGCCUUCCUAUAGUGAGGCGCAGCAGUGCCAAGAGGCAGAUCAGGCCAGACUCCUUAGUAAUCUAUCGCCAGAAGUGUGAGUUUGUGAGAGGUCAAAGCCACGAGAGCGCACGUGGGAGUUUGGUCCGAAGGCUCUUCCAGGGCUCUUCCAAGGAGAAGCAGCUGGUUUCUGAGGCCUCCAAAGUCCUUCUCAAGGAUGAUGUCACCCCUGAAACGGAAGGGCCUGUACUGAGCAAAACUGCAAGCCAUAUCCUUGACCCGGCAGGACAGCGCGUGGCCCUAAACACCCCUCCGACAGCCGUCCUCACCGACAGAUGUGACAAUGCCCCCAAACUGACUGCAGCAACAUAUGAGGUCAAGGAGGUGAGGCGGAAAUGUCUACACCGGUCCCAAUCGGACAUCAGCUCUCGCUAUUCCAAAUCUUUCUCUGAGUUUGACACUUUCUUUAAGUAUUGCGGCCUUGAACCAGCGGUAAUAGAGGACCUGGGCCAAGAGAACUUUUCGGUGGCUUCUGACAACUUCUCCUUCCGGAUCCGCAGCAUCAGCGUGGCAACGUCAGAAAGCGACUUCACGAGGCAUAGUGGCGAUGAUGGACUCCUGGAAGAAGAGCUCACGGAACAGGUUCCGACAGGCACAUCAGUGAUUGAACGCAAUGCUCGGAUAAUCAAAUGGCUGUACACAUGUAAGAAAGCCAAAGAGGCAAACACCAUGCUGCAGGACUUUGCGUGAAGAUGGUGUACUUCAGAAUACAUCGUAGCCAGAAUGGAGGCGUUCCCUGAGACGGAGGCACAGAAGACAUGGACUUACUGCAACCAUUUCUGCCGCUCUUCCUCACCUGUGCAGGUGAAUCCUGUGAGACAAUGUUACUUUGUUAAGACUGAAGUGCAAUUUGAAGCUGGGAGCCAGUGGCAGCUGCUCUGAAUGCAGGAACAACUAUGGCUCAAGUGUCUAGAACUGGAAGUCAUUGUCCCUAAUGCCAUUGUGAACGGAAGGGAACAGCAACGUCGGCCAACAUGGAGAAUUUCUCUGCAUCACCAAAGG